AGUCCGAUUCAAAAAUCCCCGAUCCGGUUCCGCCCCUUAAGUCCGCGAAUGCCAUUCAUUUCGAGCCCACCGUUCAACCCCAUUUUGCGACCUUCCCACCGUUCCCACCGCUCCCGCCGUCCCUUCAAUUGCCUCAGCCGAGUCGCGCACGCUUCGCUCGUCGCGGCUGACUCGGAGACGAGCUCUUUCGAACUCCGGUGACCUUACGCAACAAGUCUAAUUAAUUCGUGUACUGUGAUCGCAACGGCCCGCUUCAUCUUGGUCUCUACCCCUUCUAUCACCGGGAGCCUGUCUCCCUCGGCGCAAACAUGGUUUCCGACGAGACAUACGACAUCUGUCUCCCGAUCCUGCAAGACCCCAGCAUCGAUGACGAGGAGAAGACGGACAAGCUCGAGGACCUGCUGAAAGAGAAGACUAGCCUCACCGGCCAAGCUCUAGAACACGCGAUUUUAGAUGCGCUUUGGAGAUAUCGUGAAGGCGGUGGCAAUGCGACAUCGCCGCCGCCGAUACGACAGACUAUACUGCGAAGACCGUCGCCGGCUUCGUGGCGUGGAUCGGCGACCCCAUUGUCGGGCUCUCCUCGCCUUGGCGUGAGCCCGCUUGUUCCCCCAGGUUUUGUGCCUUCGAGCUUCAGCCGGAACAAGUCAUCGACCGCAUCGCCUUUCGGUUCGCCCAGGCCAUCUCCCCAUCUCGCCUUUGCAACCCCGAUUAUACCCCACAGCCCCAAUCUGGGUGCCUACCAGUUUGCCCAUGAUGAUACCCCUUCGCAGGUGACGUUUGGUGAUUUCCAAUCCGACAACGUGGACUGGCUCGUGAGUGAUGAUGCUGCUAGCGUCACUUCAUCGGUCGGCAUCUCCAGCGGACUCAACGUCGCCGCGCCCGAGUUCGUCUCCUCGCAGCAGACGGACAUGACCCCCUACGACAUGCUGAGGUCCAUCCUUGGCCAGUCGCGAACCGACGAAGAGAUUGAUGCUGCUCUGGCCAUGCACGGAUAUGACCUCGGGGCCACAGUUGCCGCCAUAAUGGAGACUCAGGUGCGGGACAACUUCGCCAUGGCUGUCCAGGCAGAAGAGGCGCAGACUGUACUGAUCGGCAAGUCGAUGACCCCUGACGGCCGACCGGUUACUCCCGCAGAUCAACAGAAAUCCGGAGUUAUUUGCAAGUUCUUCCUGUCGACCGGGCAGUGCAUGCGGGCAGACUGCCGCUUCAGUCACGAUCUGAGAAGCCACAUCUGCAAGUACUGGGUAGCAGGGAACUGCCUCGCCGGUGAGACUUGCAUAUUCUCACAUGACCCCGCGCAUCUCGUCAAGGGAUUACAGAUCGAUGGUGCCAGCACGCCACCAGCUCAGAAAGCGAAUCCUCAGAUCCCGGACCAGAGCGGGUUUCCAUCCUUGAAGCCAGCGACGCCAGGGACACCUGACCAAUGGCUCAUGUUUACUGCUUCUGCGAACUAUUCCUCCGGCGGGAUACCUCCACCGCCGGGUUUCAAGCCGUUACAAGGUUAUACAGGCGAGCGCCCUCGCUCUCGCCCGGGUAGUCGUCACCAGGACCAAAAGGUGUCCACGCCCGCUGCCCCCUCGCUCGACGAUGCAGAUGCCUUUCCAUCCCUGGGCUCGACAUCGUCGAAGCAGGGCAAGAAGCACCACGGCAAGCGGGGCGGGCACGGGCACGGGCAUAAAGAAAACUUCACCCCGAGCACCCUUGCCGACAUUGUGAAGAUGUCGCCGUCCCCCGCACCGACAGCGGCACGACUGGACCGCAAGCUUGGCCGCAACGGCAGUUCCACCAGCAUCCGUAACGGAGAAAAUAGCGCUGCUGCCCAGGCGAUCCCCAACCCGAAACACAUCCCGUGGCUAGAAACCGGCGAAAAGGCCAACAGGGCCUAUCUUAAGGCUCGCCAAGAGGCUAUCAAGCACGGCGGCCUUAGGAACAAGUUCUUACAGAGUGCUGCGCAAGCCUGGAACCGUAACGAUGCACGUGCUGCGAAGGCGCUCAGCCUACGUGGCCAGAGCGAGAACGAUCUCAUGAGAAAGGCGCACCGCGAGGCUGCCCGAGAGUUGUACGAGGAGCGCAACAAGAACAGCUCGAACAGCCCGGAGAUGUAUGUCGAUCUGCACGGGCUCCAUCCCGAGGAGGCCGUCGAGUACCUGGAGCGCGUCCUCUUGGAGAAUAGCAAGGAGCCGCGGCCCGUCUACGCCAUCACGGGGAGCGGCCACCACAGCAAGAACGGCAAGGACAAGGUGGGCAAGGCGCUGCGGAAUUUCCUCAACGAGUGGAGGUAUGCCUACCGCGAGUUCUCGGUUCCCGGCGACCGGAACAACAUGGGCGGGAUCCUAGGGAUCGAUGCGAGGAGCUGGGACAAGUCCCUCUCGCGGGAAGGAGGCGCAUCGCUGGCGACGAAGGAGGAGGAGCCCAAGGUUGAGGUGGACAUUCUCGACCAAGGGGUCGAGAUUGGGGAGGGCAAGGUGAGGCUGCUGGUCAGAGACACGUCUGCGGCCAAGGAGCCGCCCAAGGGGCCGAGCGCAUACCGGGCUCGGUGACCACAGCGAGGGAGGGGAUAGGGGGGCUAUUACCGAGGAUUGACAUAGCUACCCAGGUCUGCAGUUAGUGGUCGAACAAAGUAGUAAA